AGAGCGCAGCUCCGCCACAAACAUCCCGAAGCCAGGAUUCCUGCUCGGCUUGUCUCUUUUUGCGGCUUCAGACGGACUGACUCGUGUUGGCUCAGCGCGUCCAUGUAAAGACGCGUGAAUGAAACCAUAGUGCGCCCCCGUUUCCCCCUGAGCCCCUCCCUCCUCCUCCUCCUCCUGGCUGUGAUCAUGUGAUGGUGAAGAAGUGGCCCAUUAAUGAAGCUCCUCUCCGGGGGUCUUUUCUGCUGCUGUCACCGCGGUCCAGCCCGCAGACGGGACAGACCGGGACAGGGACAUGGAGGAGGCAGCAGCAGCCGCUUAGCGCAGCUCAGCAGCGGGCAGGAGGAGGACGGACACCGCGCUGCACCUGCCGGGGACCCGCAGCAGGCGCGCAGGACACAGAGGAGGGACCCGCCGCUGCUCCUUUAACUUCUCCUCAACUUGUCGGCGGAGCUGCGUGUCAGACGCGGGACCAUGCGUGCCAAACAGCAGGCGAGCUUCUCUCCGUGCGUAACGGCGUUUUAAAGAGUUGGAACUGUUUGGACAAACUUUGGGAAAGUGAGGCGAGUCUUUACUGCUCUCUGCACACUGAGACUGAACUCAUCCGGUCCGGUCCGGCAGAAUAAUGCCUCGCCCGGGGAGGAACACGUACAGCGACCAGAAGCCUCCGUACUCUUACAUCUCCCUCACGGCCAUGGCCAUCCAGAGCUGCCCGGAGAAGAUGCUCCCCCUCAGUGAGAUUUACAAGUUCAUCAUGGACCGGUUCCCUUACUACCGGGAGAACACGCAGCGGUGGCAGAACUCCCUGCGGCACAACCUCUCCUUCAAUGACUGCUUCAUUAAGAUCCCCCGCAGACCGGAUCAGCCCGGUAAGGGCAGCUUUUGGGCUCUGCACCCGAGCUGCGGCGACAUGUUUGAGAACGGGAGUUUUCUGCGGCGCAGGAAGCGCUUUAAAGUGGGCGGCAUGCAGGCCACGGACCCGCUGGCGCCCAGCAAGCCGCAGCAGGACGCGGCCCACUACCUGCAGCAGCAGGCCAAGCUGCGGCUCAGCGCGCUGCACGCCGCCGCGCACCUCCCGCAGAUGACGGGCGGGUACAACCUGAGCCCGGUGUCCCAGCCGUCCAGCUUCAAACACCCGUUCGCCAUCGAGAACAUCAUCGCCAGAGAGUACAAGAUGCCGGGCGGGCUGGCGGCCUUCUCCACCACCGGGUACCCGCUCCACAGCCAGCUGACCCCGGCCUGGCCGCACAUGUACGGCUCCGGGAUGAUGGACACAGCGGCCCCCAUCUCCAUGGCCACCGGCGACUACUCAGCCUACGGCGUGCCGCUCAAGUCCAUCUGUCACGGGGGCCAGACUCUGCCCGCCAUCCCGGUGCCCAUCAAACCCACGCCCGGCUCAAUGCCCGGCCUGCCGGGGCUGCACACGCACAUUCCGGCCUUCCUCGCGAACUCGCCCCAGUCUCUGAGCCCCACCUCUCCGCAGACAGCCACCGGCCAGAGCAGCCCCGCAGGACCCGGAGAGGUGCUGUCCUCCUCGGCCUCCGCGGUGGCGGUGCACUGACUGGACUCGGACUCUGUUCUCUUUUUAUAAAAUAAAAUAAAAACUCUCUGAAAAGGGGAAAAUGACAAAGUUUCCUCUCCAGGACAGAUGCUGGGAUGUGGUUUAAUUAUUAGGAUUUUUUUCUUUAUUGUGUUUUUAUUUCUGAAAAGAAAGAAAUUCAUCCAUCACACCUCCAUCAUGCAGAGAAACAGCAGGUUGACCUCUGACCUCCGGUCAACAACAACAGGCUCAUUACAGCCUGAAGAUUUUCCAUAAUUAGUUUUCCCUGUGAGUCAGUGUCAGAAACUAAAAUCAGUUUCUGUUCCUCCACAGCAGACUGCUGCUCCCGGUCUGAUCGGGUCUGACAAAUGAUCCAGAUCUUUUGUGUUUGCAGCCUUUUCUCCUCAAAGUGAAAGAGAACUCUUUAGAUUAAUGACUUUUUAAAAGAUUUUAGGCCUCUCUGCUGUUUCUUUUCUGGCCCCCAAAACAAAAAGUUAAACUCAAAAGGAAGAAAAAUGUUUUGCACUUGCAGAAUUUGUCUUCUGAACAAAAACUCAACUAUAAAAAUGCAAACAAGCAUUUAGUGAACCAAAUAAAUACCCAGUCUUUUCUCUUCCUAUUUUAAUAUUGUGUUUAUUAUUUUAUGGUCCACAUGGCAGAGAUGAGAAGAUGAAAUAUCAUAUAUUUAUGUCAGAGGUUUCUGGAGAUGUCUGACCAUGAAUGCAAAGAUCUGCUGUCUCCGAUGCACUUUCUAAAAAAAGGAAAUAGAUGUUUUUUAUUGAGCCGUGUUGGUUUCAUUUAAAGCUGUAAAAUGACCCGCUGUCUGUGUGUUUGUACUGCCGCAUGCUCCUCCUGACUGUCUGAAAAAGAAAAAAUAAUCCAGUGUUUGUAAUUUUUUACAUUUUUUUUUUAUUUUAGGGGCUGAAAGCAUAAAGCAUGAACACAACGGGCUUUUUAUUCCCUGCGCUCUGUCUGCUCAUCCUGAUCCAUUAAAAAAACCUUCCUGGAAAAAA